AUGGAUGCUCUCAUGUCCGGUCUGGAUACCCUGGUUACUAAACCUGAACUCGCGCCGCUAUUAUCGCUGGCAAAGGGGGUCCGUAAUGGCGCAGUGUACGGCGCCAAAGUGCGGUUUCCGCACGCUUUGGUGAUGAUCCUCCUCUUCCGUUCCGGAACCUUUCGCGAAAAAGCCAAGCUUGUGUUUAAAGCCACGCGCCAACACGCCCGGAACCUAGCGACGUUCGCAUUGAUUUACAAGAGCUCGAUGAUUGUUCUACGGAAUGUCAACCCCACCGGGGUGGGGAAAGAAGGUCGAUAUGACAGUUUCUUUGCUGGGUUAUUGGGCGGAUAUGCCGUCUUUGGCCGACACAAAACAAGCAUCACUCAACAGAUUGUCAUCUACGUUUUUGCCCGUGUGGUCCUCGCCCUCGCGAAACUUGCCGUGCAGCCUGGCAUGCACCCUCUAUCCGGACUUAUCACCUCUGACGCCCGAGCCGAGAUCGAGAAAAAUGCAUGGCCAUUAUUCGCCAGUUUCAGCUGGGCAUUCGUCAUGUACAUCUUCCGUUGGUAUCCGGAGACCCUCAUGUCGAGUCUCCGAAGCAGCAUGGUGUAUAUGUAG